AUGGAAGGGAUAUGGACAGCUAGCAACCAUGAUUGUAUUAAUUGUAACAUGUGGCCCAUAAUGGGUGCAGGAUACCAUACCAUACACCAUACCACAUACAAGCAUAACUAUGGCCAUUAUACCAUUUGCAUGGAUUGGGUGUUUGGCUCACUUAAGGUUCCUUUAGCUGAAGACAGCAGCUUUAACGAGAAAGCAAAGUGA